AAUUAUGAAAACUCUUACUAUCUCCAUAAUAAACCUUAUAGUUUCACUCACACUUUGUGAAUGAAGAACAUGUCACAAAAGAGAUUAUCAGGUAAUGUUUGUUUCCCAAAUAUUUGUGCAGUGAACAAGAUAAAUAUCAUGUUCAAGUACUAAAAUCGAAAGUAAAACAAGAAAACCAAACUGAAAGCACUGGUAACACUGAAUAAAUUAUAAACCACAGAAAGUACAACUAUGAGCAAAUCUCGUAAAACUAGUAUCUUAUGUAAAACUAAGAACAAAUUUCGGGGAGGGAAAUGAAAUUACAUUGGCGCCAAAACAUAUGAGGGAAAAUAAUUAUUUUAAUUAUUUUAACUAUUUUCAUUUUUUUUCUCUAUUUUCUUCCAUUUCCCCUCUAUGUCACGUCCCAUCUCUCUCUCUCUCCACUCCAUCCCUCUACUUCUCUCCCUCCUCCCCCUUCUUUACCGAGCCAUCUCUCUCUCUCUCUCUCUCUCCACUCCACUCCAUCCCUCAUUCCUCUCUCUCGAUCUCUUUCGGUUUCUCCCAUUUCUCUCUGACAGUAAUAACUGAAGCAUGACUCAUCCCGACGAGGAGUACAGUCACAUGAAGGCCUUGAAGAGACACAACGACAUGCUUGGUUUCGUGGCUGAUGCGCAGUACGGCGUCCCGACCAAGUGCCCGUGUGGUGGAGGUAUCAUUCCCGAGGUAUCUCCGUGUAACAAGUUUCCCAAUGAUUUUGAUACGCAACCUGGAAGGAGGUACUUCACCUGCAAAAACUUUGAGAAUAAUGGUCUCCACUUUCGUACGCCGUGGGUGAUCGCGAUUCAGGACGAGGUUACUAAGUUAGUAGACCGUGUCAAAGAGAUGGCUGAGGAGAUUGAUCGCCUCAAGGCUCAGCUUUACCAACUCCACCGUCCAUGAUCCCAUCUUGUUGCUCUAAGUUGUUGUUGUUCUAAGUUGUUGUUGUUCUAUGUCUUAUGAUGGUACUUUGAUCCAUGUUGCUACUUUCCUUCUCUAUGUGUGUGUCUUAUGACUCUAUGUGUGUGUCUUAUGACUUAAACUAUCUAUCUAAUGUUUAUGUUUUUUGUGGUUUACUUCUCUAUGCGUGUGUCUUGUGACAUUAUACUAAAAUAACAAGUUUGCAACAUCAAACCAAAAUCAAGAAAAUGAUUAACUAAAAGUCGAAAAAUGAUUAACUAAAGUCACAGACCAAAUCUAUAUUAUCAUUCAGGACGUGAAAAUGAUUAACCAAAAGUCGAAACUCUAUAUAACUAAUUGACAUGAAAAUGAUUAACUAAAAGUUUGCAACAUCAAACCGAAAUAACAAGUUCAAAGUACCAUCAAAUCAAAAUAACAAGUUGAAAGUACCAAAAA